AUGCCACCUGCUCAUUACACAUUAAAGAUUGAGUCAUUCUCACGAUUUUGUGAGCUACUUGAGACGACUGGACUUGUGAAGUAUGAAUCUGAUGCUUUUGCAUCUGGCGGCUACAACUGGAAAUUGGUGUUGUAUCCUUCUGGAAAUGUGAAAAGAGAUGGAAGUGAUCACAUUUCUCUCUACUUAGCAAUUGCUGAGCCAAAUGCAAUUCCUCCUGGAUCCCAGGUUGAUGUGAUCCUCAAAUUCUUUGUUUUUGACCACUUAAGAGAUGAGUACUUGACAAUUCAAGGCUCUAGGAUUUAUUAUUCUACAGAUGAUAACAUGAGGCGUUACCAUUCUUUAAAGACUGAAAAUGGUUUUGACCAACUGAUCUCACUCAAGAUGUUCAAUGACUCUUCUAAUGGAUAUCUUUUUGAUGAUUGCUGUGCAUUCGGAGCAGAGGUUCAUGUUAUUAAAUAUGAAGGUAAAGUGGAGAGAUUUUACUUUAUAAAAGAACCUAAGGAUGGUAACUUUUCAUGGAAGAUUGAGAGAUUCUCAACAUUAUGUGGAGGUUGCCAUUACUCAAAGGAAUAUACUGUUCGAAAGCAUAAGUGGCGGUUGUUGUUAUUCCCCAAAGGAGAUCCAAGGGCAAGUGGCAAAAGUCUGUCACUCUUUUUAGAAUUACUUAACAAUAGUCCUCUUCCUCAACUAAGAGUGUACUCAAGAUAUAAGCUGAUAGUGAAAGAUCAGGUCCAGGAAAACCAUCAUGAGCGUACAGGUGCUAAUUUAGAUUGUGUAUUGGCACAAAAUCUUGAAGAGUCCAAUGGCAUCCCAGCCCCGUACCAAUUGCUCCAAUUUGCUUCCUUGAGCAAUGCAGAGAAGCAAGUUUGUGAUUAUCAAUCUAAGUUGGAGAAUUUAAAUGAGAACUUCUGCAAAGUUGGUGGUUACAUGAAGAGGAUAGUCUAA